CGUUUCAACAAGGUCAUGAUGCAACGAGCAUCCUUGGAUAUUAUGAGCAAUGGAACAGCCCGACCCUGUCUUCCUUCUCUUUUAUGAGAACGAUUAUUCAUGAUUACCUAACAGUAUUUACACAGCGAUGUUAAUUUCUAGAAAAGUAUUGUUUACGAAAUAAGGUUUUUACCACGUACGGUACCAUAUGCCAGACUAAUUCAUAUUCGUUUUAAUUAAUACCGGCAUGUCACUGAUAGAUUUACCACUUUCAAGUCAAAUCACCAACGAUAGCGCUGGCUAACAGUUGCUGGUAUAGCAAACAUAUCUGAGCAUUUGCAUAAACGGUACGAGGUAUGGAAAGAAACAGAUCUGUUGCAUUAUAUGAUAGAAAUUAAUAUCGGAUAUGGGAAAAAUUUGUGUGCUAAUGAACUUUAAGUAAGAGUCGUCUUUUGAUGGAAGCUACCUUUUUGAAGUUUAUUCCUGCCUUAACAUGGAUUGUAGACUUUAUGCUUUGGCGGGUUGUUUUUUUCUGUUUGUGCACACGUCGGACACACAGAUUGAUAACAGGGGACAAGAAUUCUUGCUUUCAUUCGCAAAUAAUUACAUAAAUAAGCAUGGACCCUCCGUCGUCAUCACAAACGAGUCACCAAACCUUAAUUCCAGUGUCGUCAUCAACAUAAAAGGCAUGGAUUCAAUACACAUUACUGUAGAACCAAAAUCAUUUCAGCGUGUAAAUCUCUCUAAAGAAGUGAUUGUUACUGAGGAAAGAGUCUCGUUCCCUGCUGUCUACAUCACAUCAGACAUAAACAUUACCGUUGUUGGUAUAAACGAUGCGCAUGCGAAUGGCGUCGGUGGUUUCUUGGCAUUACCAGUCCAUUCGUUAGGAACUGAUUACGUGGCUGGCACGUAUUCUCCUUGGCUUGGGUCUCAAAUCGUGAUUGCUGCGUUGGAAGACAGGACACGCGUUCUAGUACGCGUUGCUAAACCAAUGUCUCUUACACAAAGUCUUGUAAAAGAAGGAAUGAUCAUUGCGUUGUAUUUAAAUAAGUUCGAAGCGUUGAUGAUUGAUGGUCUAGAAGAUCUUACAGGAACUGUUCUCUACUCCAAUAAAAAUAUAGCAGCGUUCUCAGGAAAUCGAGCUGUAACACGCCCCUGGAGUAGAUAUGUGAUAGACCAUACGGUUGAGCAGUUAUUACCAUUUAAAACAUGGAAUAAAAAAUUCAUCCUUGUGCCGUACCCACAAGAUGAAUACUCUUGGAACGCAUUUCGUGCUGUAGUCCGGAACCGAACGCGUUUGAGUAUCUAUACACUUAAGAGUUUAACGAAUGUUACACUCCAGGUUGGCGAUUACUACGAAAUUACGCUUAGCGCAGACGACACUGCGUAUGUCGUGUCUGACUACCCAGUUUCAAUUUUUCACUAUGCACAAACCAAAAAGAGAGGAAGUCGAGGCACCGAUAUGUCUAUUAGUAACGUUCCGCCAAUCGUGCAAUACGUGAACGAAGCAACGUUCACAACGUAUGAUCAAAUCGAUGAAUAUGAUGCUUCAAAUUUCCUCACCAUUACCAGUCGUUGUGAUGUAAUGAACGAAACAACGGUUGAUAAUUUACCACUUAACGUCUUCAUCAAAGGAGACGUAACCAGGACUGUAAACUCUGAGUAUUGUUUUGCACACUUAAUUAUUCAGAACUCUGGAUUACAUUUUGUGAAAGGUUCCGGAUUUCUGUCAGUUCUUCAUACUUUUACAGUGUUGUCUUCAUACGCGUUUCCUAUUGCACUAGGUCAGAAACCAAUGAAUUGCAAAACUCCAUUACCAGAUGGAAGGAUUUACGAACACUCUUGCGACCAAGAGGUCAUCCCCGUGCAAUGCCAGUACGAAAUUAAUCUUGAAGAAGAAAAAGAAGAUGAGGAAUGCUAUAAAGGAUAUACCAGCCUUCAAGUUUUCGUAAUUGCUCUUUUCUCGGCUGGUGGUGCUGUUUGCAUCGAUUUAAUAAUCCGGUGCUGCAAAGAGGCGAAUGAGCCACUUAGCUAUGCCGAUACCAGUGGGAAAAAGAAGUGGACAACCAGCAUAUCUGAACUACGGCAACGCAGAAAGGCCAUACGACUGAGGAGUCUGCAGGAUGAAUUCGAACAAGUUAAAGAUCAACCACCCGGUGCCAUGAAGGCUAGUUUCCGAUGUGACACUGAAGAAGAGCACAUUCCUACAGUGAUCGAAAAAGUAGUUCCGAUGUCAUCGAUUCCCGGAGAAUUUGCGCAGUCUUUACCGCCGACUCUAGAUGAAUAUUUUUAUUCAAAUAGUCAAUUUGAUAACGAAUCUGCUGUGAUUAAUGUUAAACGAAGUGAAAGCGAUACUAUUUCUGAUAUUUCAUUAGCAUAUAAUGAAUCUAAGGUGUAAACAGUUACAUACACAAGUACACUAGCAAGCUUAUAACCUUUUUUGCAACUUGCCAUGUGUCUGUUUGAUGUAGGGCUGGUAUUCGUCGUCAUAAGAAAUUCUAAUAGAUAGGCGUACGUCGUGUUCCGUUUGUGGAAUUUGGUUACAUGACUCUAGGCCUACACAAUUUAAGCAUGUUGGAAAAUGGAGGGCUUUUGCAUCGAAACCUAUUUUUGUAUUUAAAAACAAUGUAAGUGUGCUGCUAAACACACUGAGCUCCAGUUGUUAAUACAUACUGAACUGAGUCAUAAAUAUAAUUUAUAAUUUUACAUGACAAAUUAAUCAAUAGUUUAUGUUGAUCUACCUUUACCAUACGUUUAGUUACCGUUUUAACAUAUUUUUACAUGAAUCAAAAAACAAACAUAUGUUACUGUCCCAAUUUUGGCUCAAUAACAUUUGAAUAAAUGAAAAUAAGUUAAAUACUGUA